AUCAUUUGUCCUCUAAUUUCUUUCUUCUUCUGUUCUGUCCUUUUCUUUCUUCACUUCCCUCUCUCUCUCUCUCUCUCCAAUCUAAAAAGCACCUCACGAAACCUCACUCCGAAGAUCUUCCUCUUCUUCUCUUCUCUCUCCCUUUCCAGUCAACAUUGCAAAGCAGAAAAGCAGAUGCAGAUUCAUUGAGCCCUUGUGUUCUCGGCAAAACGAUUGCAGAUAUGAAAGGAAUCGAUUUCUUCUGUUCCUCUCUAGCUUCAACCGCCAUAUGCGCAAGCAUGGAUCAACGGUCCAUGGUUCGUCAUGGUGGUCGAGCCAUCGAUCGCCACAAGCCUCCUUCCCUAUUCAUCUCAGUCCCAGGCUCCCAGCCACCCACGAAGCCUAAACCUUACCAUCAUCAAAAGAGUAGAAAGAGUUCUGCUACGCCCAUUGAUCUCAACUACCCCUCCGGGUUCCUCCAGAUAUCUCUUGAGUCAGUUGUAGUUUUGAGGGUGUCAUUGCACUGCAAGGGUUGUGAAGGGAAAGUGAGAAAACACAUCUCCAAAAUGGAAGCACGGGUGACAUCAUUCAACAUAGAUUUCGCGGCGAAGAAGGUAACUGUGGUCGGGGAUGUGAUGUCGUUGGGAGUGCUCCCCAGUGUCUCGAGAAAACAGAGGGGGGAGGGAAAGCUGAGAAUAUGAAAGUUACAUUGGGUACCGGACAACAGUGGAGAUCUGAGAGAAAAAAAUGAUCUUUUGUAUUGUUUCUAAUCUAACUCAGAUCUAAGAUAACCCUGAUGACAACCACUGGAGAUAUCAACGGUAGCAAAGAUCUGAAAUAAAAAACUAGUCUGGAGAUGAGCACGUAUUUAUACGACAAAGGAAAAGAAAAGGUGAGAUCCAAAAUAACUCAAAUCGCCGCUGCUAAGAGUUGCAGCGGUGAUGAAAGCCACCGGAGAGAUCUCAAGACAAAUACUAGUCUGAGCGGGUAUUUAUAGGACAAAGGAAAAGAAAAGAUGGGAUAUGAGAUAACCCAAAUCACCGCUGUUAAGAAUUGCAACGGGGAUGGUUGGAGAGGGUAAACAGGGGAGGUGAGGUUGAAGAAGGAGAGAGAGAGAGAGAGAUGUGAGAUCCCCGCCCAUUGCCGAGAGACCAGUUAUGGUCGAUUAGGUUCUGUGAACGGCCACCACCGCCUGCACAAUUGCAACGGCAACAUCUGCUACGGCUACCAUGGCCGCUUGUAUGGGCGGCCAUUGCUUAUAAGCACCAGUCCGAAGUAGCCUCUCCCAUUGAUGGUGAACCUCACUCCUCCAUGUUUCUUGCAUGGAACCUUGCAAUAUUAAAAGAAGAAACACCAUGCAUGAGCGAGUGCCAGUAGUCUAGCUAUCGUCUGAUAUAUAUUGAAGAAGAGAUCGAACGAUGACUAACGAGUUAAAGUAAGAAGUAAUCAAGAAGAAGAACAAUCUUUGGUAUAGAACUGGAACGAUUCCACCUUGAUAAAUGCCAAUUUUUUCCCAUGCUGGUUGAGCCAUAUCGAAGUGCUGAAGCAGUGGGUUGCACCACCCGCCAUCGUUAUUGGGAAGAGCAUAAUUUGGAGGACAGAAAUUAGUGGCCGUAACGUUGACAGACACCCCUUUCAAACAUCACUGAGGAUCCCUCUUAUAACCGCAGAUGAUCUUAUAGCAUUGCCCUCAUGAAGCCCCGUCAUUAAACAAGUUGCCAUACCCACAAGCUCCCCCUGUGACCAAUCGUCGUCUCUUAUAGAUUCAGAAAAUCGAAACAAUCACGAAGAAACUAAAACAGCACAACCAUAAUGUGUGCUUGUUCUACUCCUUCUCAAUCUCGGUGUCAUAAGACCUCAACCAAGUAGCAUUCAUUCUCCCCGAAUCCCUUAUAGACUUGCCAAAACUCCAUAUUAUGUUAUCUUUCUAGUCGCCGGUGCUAGAAUCCU